AUGGAAGCAAGCUUGGAGAGGAUCAGUCAAUUGCCAGACGCUUUGCUUGUGAAGAUCUUAUCUUCACUUCCAACAACAAAAGUAGUGGCCACCACUCUUCUAUCUAAGCAGUGGCGGUCUAUAUGGAAUAUGGUGCCUAGUCUCAAGUUUAUUUGCAAUGGUGGCAAUGAUCUUGAGGGGUUUAUUCGCAGGACUAUGCUUUCUCUUGAGGCUCUGUAUCUACAGAGUUUGCAUAUGGAUGUUUCACUUGGCCAAGCUCGGAAUCUUUGCAAUACCCUGAGACAAACAAUACGAGCAAUCCUCUUCCGAUAUAUCCGGUGUGCACUGGAAACCUUGAAACUCCGUGGUAAGUUUGGCUCCAUUGCUCUACAAGUCCCUUCUCCAGUUUGUCUCAAGUCUCUUAGAACUCUGCACCUUGAAGAUUUGUUCUACCAAGACGAUGAAUCCGUUGUGAAAUUCUUAGCUGGCUGUGUUAGUCUUGAAGAUUUGUUUGUUACUCGAUGGGGUUGUGAUGGUGUGGAUACUUUCACUAUUGCUGUGCCAUCUUUACAAGAGCUAACCAUAGAAGAUGACGUCACCAUAAGACCUGACUUAGUGAUGAUUAAUGCACCUGAGCUGGUCGAGGCUAAAAUUUGGACCCGUGGUGUAUUUGGAGAAUCACUCACUUCAGUCAAACGCCUUUCCUUGAGAAUGUCACGCAUGGAGAUCCCUGCUGGUAGCAUCUUCAAUCAACUGGAAUAUUUGCAGCUGCUUACAUCUGAUCCAGAGUCCUGGAAGUUACUAAGGUUUAUGCUUGAUAACUCUCCUAAUUUACAAGUUCUAGAUAUCUUCAGUGUAAGCAUUGCAAGUUCCACCUUUCAUAAAAAAUAUUGCAGCAGCUUGGUUUAA